AUGUCGGCAUGCAAUCCUUGCGUUACUCCGAUGGAACAGUCUCGACAUGUCACAAUGCAAGUGGCCGAAACUGGCACUGAUGACAACCCAUGCUUUGAACCAUAUCGUCAGGCCAUUAGAUGUCUAAUGUUCCUAAUGGUCGGGACCCGCCCCGAUAUUGCGUUUGCCAUUGGAAAGUUAUCUCAACACUGUGCCGACCCUCACGAGUCGCACUGGUCAGGUGUGAAACGUGUUUUGAGAUACUUGCGUGGGUCCCAGCAUCUUGGAAUAGUGUUUGGAAAAGAUGAUCUUGGUACGGAACUUCAUGGGUAUAGCGACGCAGAUUGGAGUGGAUGCCUUGAAUCACGGAAAUCAACGAGUGGGUACGUAUUCAAGCUUUGUGAUGGGCCUAUCAGUUGGGCUUCCCGGAAACAAACAGUAGUUGCGAAGUCUACUUGUGAGGCAGAAUACAUCGCACUCAGUGAAGCAUGCAAAGAGGCUGCGUGGCUUCGACGCUUCCAUGCCGAUGUACUUGGUGCGAAUUCGGAUCCAACAAUUCGCGUUGGAUGUGACAACGCUGGUACGAUUGCGUUUGCUCAGAACGAAUCUACAAAUCGUCGGAACAAGCACCUUGAUAUUACGUAUCAUUUUGUUCGAGAUGCGGUGCAGCGAAAACUGGUCACAUUGUACCAUUGUCCGACAACAGAAAUGCCAGCCGAUAUGCUGACCAAACCACUUGAUCGCGUGCUGUUUGAAAAGUUCGUGGGCAUGGUUGGGCUUUCAGAGUGCAAAGCUGCCCAAAGCAUGUGA